AUGAUAACUCAUGACCGUUAUUUAAUUAAUCAAACUGCUAAUUAUAUUUCUGAACUUUCUCCCGAAACCUACAAUUUAAUUCACUUUCGUGGCAAUUACCGAAAUUAUUUACAAGAAAAAGAAAGGCAAUAUCAACGCCUAAAACAAAUCCGAGAGCAGCAGGAAAAAGAAAUAAAGUUUAUUAACAGGAAACUAAUUAAUUUGCAUAUUAAAAAAUCUGCUUAUGUGGUAGACAAAGUUAAAAGGCGAGAGAACAAAAUGGGAUUUGAUGCCCGCGGCGGAAGAAACCAAAAAAGCUACAAACGCAUUGUCAACCAACUAAAAACUAAAAAAACUAAUUUAGCAGAGAAUUUAGCGGAAAAUAUUAGUAAAUCAUAUGGAGAUAAAAUUCUCUUUAAAAAUUUCUCCUUGGAACUUAAACCAGGCGUCAAAUUAGUUAUUAGAGGGUCUAAUGGAAGUGGCAAAAGCACUUUACUAAAAAUCGUUAUGGGAAUAAUUUCGGCAGAUGAAGGGAAAGUGGUUAUUUCCGAACAAAUUAAAUUGGGUUAUUUAGACCAAGAACAAGAAGCCAUAAAUUUAAAUCAAACAAUUAUCGAAUUAUUAGAAAACGACCCGCUUAUUAAAUUAGAAAAGGAGGAAAUUAUUCAAAAAUUAGAAGAGUUUGGUACUUUUUAUCCCCAAGAGUUAAGGUUGCCUUUAUCUCAGUUAAGUAUAGGCUGCCGUCGCAAAGCUCAAUUAAUUCAAAUCAUUCUUCAAGGGGCAAAUGCUUUGAUUUUAGACGAACCUACUAACCAUAUUGAUUUAUUAAGUUUAGAAAAAAUUGAAAAUCAAUUAAUAAAUUUUCCGGUUUUAAUGGUAGAAAUUUCUAGACUACAUAUUCCUGUAAUGUUAAGUGAGGCUCUUGAUCACCUCGGUACAAAAAAAAACGGGAUUUAUGUUGAUUGUACGUUUGACAAAAAAACUGUUCAAAUGAUCCAAAAUGAUAAAUUAUUUUCUUCCCCGCGUUUUUAUUUAAUUCACGAUAAUUUUGUUAAUUUAGAAGAACACUUAAAAAAACUUUGUUUAAAAGAAGUGGAUGGAUUUUUGUUUGAUCUAGGACUUUCUUCUUACCAGUUAGCCAAAGAAGAUAGGGGUUUUAGUUAUCGAUUAGAUUCACCACUUGAUAUGAGAAUAAAUCAAGAAAAUGAAUUAAAAGCCGAAGAGGUUAUAAAUAAUUAUUCUCCGGAAAAAUUAGCUGACAUUUUUUAUUAUUAUGGUGAAGAAAGAAAGGCUCGCCUUCAACGAAUUGCCAGCACUCAACAAUUAGUGGGAAUAGUUGCUUCGUGUUUUCCACACAAGAAAAAUAAGCAUCCAGCUCGAAAGGUUUUUCAGGCCCUUCGUAUUUUUAUUAAUGAAGAAUUAGAAAAUCUUUCUCAAGCCUUAGAAAGUGCUUUUAAGUGUCUCGCAGUAGAGGGAAAAAUUAUUGUUAUUAGUUAUCAUUCUCUAGAAGAUCGAAUUGUUAAGCAAAUAUUCAAAAAAUAUAAUUCGCUUGGAAAAUUCCAAAUAAUUACCAAAAAACCUUUAACUCCCGAGCAAAAAGAAAUAAAUGAAAACCACAAAGCCCGCAGUGCUAAGAUGAGGGUAAUUCAAAAAUUAAGAGAUUAA